AUGACCUCGUUGUCAGUGUCACAAACGGACUUAAUGCCACUUGUUAGUGCACGUGAUGCUUCCUAUUGGUUUGCAGUUGCAUCCACACCUUCUUCUUCACGUACUGGUCGUAUUUCGAAUGCCAUUUCAACAACAACAUUAUCAUCACUAGCCUUUUUGUUCCAAUACGACAUGGAGGGACUGGAUUGCAUCAUCAUCAUCAAGUGA